GUGAUAUAUUCUACCUGAUAUUGGUCUUGUUUCAUUUCCCCUCCAAAUGAUUUCUAUGAGUCCCACGCUGUCUGUGUACAAGGUAGUUUGGGAGUGCGCCUUGCCCUCCACCUUUUGAGUUUCGUACCAAGCAACGAUCCUACAAGUUGCGUGUUGAUUGAUGAUGAGACAAGGACGGAGCAUUGACUUCACUUCUUGACGGAACACAAUGCAUUACAAAACACUUGAUUUCCUGUUGUUCUCAUCCUAUGGCGAACCAUAAGCUCAACGUUUUGGCCUAUGAUCUAACUUUUCUUUGCUUUUCUAUAUUCCCAUCUCUCAUUUCAACUCAAAUGAUGCUCACUCUAGGCAGCAACACAGGCCUAUAUUAGGUAGGUAGAUCUCCCCUGCCUGCCGCGCUUUGCUUUAUUAUAUUCUUCCAUAAGCCAAAGAACACAGACGUCACAAAGUUGCUGCAGCUCAUUCAGGGUCUGUGAAGAUGAAAUUUCCGUUCUGGAUCAACCUUGUCCGAAAAUGGUCAUCAUCGCGCCGACUUCCUGUCACCCUGGAUGUACAAACGAGCAGUCUUCAUAAUGACAAAACCGUGAAGGCUGCUGCAGUAGCACAACAGGACCAUGAUGAGCUAUGCUCUCUCCUCGAUCUUCCCAACGAAUGAAUCCUCGCGAUUGCUAGUCAUCUGAGCCUGGAGAGUCUGCUCCUACUGAGUAUUUCGUGUCGACGGCUUCAUGUGCUUCUCAACUUUUCAUUCGACAUGGCACUUGAUAUGGACAAAGCCAGAAAGGUGCAAUUUCUGCAACUUCUCGAAAUCGAUCUCCCAGAAUAUCUAACAUGUCGCCACUGCGCCCGGCUCUUUCUCUGGCGAAGAAGGAUAGAGGGCCCACAAACAUGUCCGUGCUUCAAGCCCUUCCUGUGCGACCCUUCGUAUCGGCUAGGGUCAACUGACCAGGCUCUCAUAGAGGGAAAAUCAGCUCAUCUGGAUCUGGGUCCUGAGCUGGUCGACCUACUCUUGAGGGCCCAUGAGUACGGGCCUCUUUAUGGUCUGCCUGUAUCUUUCUUGAACGUAAACCAGAUUAUUCUGGACAGAUUAUUUCGAACACACGAGGCACGCUUGGUGGAUGGUCAGCUCCUUUCGGCCACUCGGAUAGGAGGGGAGGUAGAUCUAAGAGAAGAAAUGUGCGUACUGAACAGCAUGUUUGUCAAUGGCGGAUGAAAUCAUCUGUGCGGGACACUCAGUCGGGUUAUGUUUCAGACCGCGACAUUCGAGGAAGGCAUCCUUGCAAUGACGAUAGGCUCGGAGAGGUCCGAUGUGUUCAAGUGUGACAUGUGUGAAACCGACUACCAACUACAGUCGAUAAGGCUUACUGCGAUUCGGGCAAAACUUGUCCUGGAAUGCUGGAAACAAUUUGGUCGGCAACACGCAGACACGAUUUCUACCAAGCAGUUGUUUCAAUUCAAAGCAUUGCAACUUGAUGCUGAUGCAGUAUCGCAGAGGGAUGUGCGAGCAAUCUUUGAGUCAACAAUGGGCCAAGUAUGAGUACUUGUACAGGGAAACUGUCAAAGGCAGCUCCGAAACGAUUCGGCAGGAAUACUGGGAGUCCAUAGAUUAUCGCUCACAGGUUCGCAACCCAUCCAAGCACUAUGCUGUUUCCCGCAGUCUUGAACGGGUUUUACCACGGACCUGAGUGCACAAGAGAAGGCUUACGCCACGACACUGAUCUUGAAGAAGAAAUGGGAAGCUAGCGACCGGUCUUUACGGAGUGCCCAGGAUGUCGAUGAGGAACAAAAGCAGGAGGUCGUUCAUGAAGUGGAAUUGGGAAGGGACGUCGGGAAUGGCGUCAAAGUUAAGCCUGAAAGCCCUCUCUUGGUUCGAUACUAUUGCCUCUCGUCGAGACGGGGAUGACAACCACACUUCAAGACAGCCUGUACCCAGCAUUUAAAAUCUUGACUUACACCAGGCUUACUGGUGAACACCUCCGGCACAAAUGGCCCUUCUAUGUUGUCGUCACAGUUGACUUGAUACGCACAGUCAUGUCGCCCAAGAAGCCCUCCCAAGAUGGAUUCCUCCGACUAGUGCAAUGCGUUUUGGAAAGCCAAAUAUCGUAACACCUAGCAGUCAUCAAUUUCCCAAGAAGCGAACGUCUUUCAAUGAUCCAUCAGAAAAAGUAAGGACACGUCACCCUAUCUCUCAUCAAAGCGAAGACGUCAAAGCAAUGAAACCAUUUGACUCCAUGUCCGUGUAUAGAGUCACCAAGAGUGCAAAGUAUGGCAGUCUCGGUACUGAUACCAUGGCCGUUCUCAAUCCAUUCGAGGCCCGAUUGUACUUCUACCGCAUUAAAGGAGUACCACCUGCUUUGCACGGAAUCACCGGUCUCUGGGAUGGCGAGCGACCUCUGCCCACUCGAGACUCAAAUUGAUAGUGACAACUUCUCGUUUCGCCUAACGUAUCUGGAAAACCAGCGCUAUCACUCGGAAUAAACCCGUUGGGCCCACCCGUUCUGACCGGUGGGCUGGUGACGGUGGCUUUAGGUCAGUCACCUACAGUAC